GUUUUGGCUGGUGAUUAAGGAAGACGGACACAUGGUCACGGCCCGGCAGGAGCCCCGCCUGGUUCUGGUCUCCGUUGCCUAUGAGGACGACUGCCUGGUCUUCAGGGCGCCCGGCGCGGAGCAGCUGGUCUUGCCCAGCAAGCUGCCUUCCUCCAACGCGGUGCACGNNUCCAGGAUUUUCGGUCUUGACAUUAAGGGCAGGGACUGUGGCGACGAGGCCGCUCAGUGGUUCACCAACUUUUUGAAAACGGAGGCCUUCAGGCUGGUCCAGUUUGAAAAGAGCAUGAAGGGAAGGGCGUCGAGGAACAUUUUCCCGUCUUUUGUGCAGAACUACCAGGUGGCCUACCCGGACUGCAGCCCGGUAAUGAUCCUCUCGGAGGCCUCCCUUGCGGAUCUGAACACCAGGCUGGAGAAGAAGGUGAAGAUGGACCACUUCCGGCCAAAUAUCGUGGUGACGGGCUGCGAUGCCUUUGAGGAGGAUACCUGGGACGAAAUCCGAAUUGGCAGCACAGAAAUGAAAAAGGUUUUGGCUUGCCCCAGGUGCAUCAUGACCACGGUGGACCCGGAUACCGGAGUGAUAGACCGGAAGGAGCCCCUGGAGACGCUGAAGAGCUACCGCCUGUGUAAUCCUUCCGAGAAGCACAUCUAUAAGUCAUCCCCACUUUUUGGGAUCUAUUAUUCGGUGGAAAAAAUCGGAAGCUUGAAAGUGGGCGACCCCGUGUACAAGAUGGUGCAGUGACGGACCCGCAGGAUGUAAGCGUCCACGAGACAUCGAUCAGGAUUUUAACUACAAUAACAGCGCCACCUGGGAGAAUCCCAUCACCAGCCUCUGACUGUCUUCGCCCUGGAAGCGAAUCUUCGUUUUUGACUUUUUGGAGUUAUUCGUGCUCCGAGUUAAUGCAAGGAAAGUAUUAGAGGUGAUUUGGGGGAUGAAAGGUUAUAUAGAUUUUAGGUGAGGAAGACUUUUUAAAUGAAUGAAAUCAUCUAUAAAAUCGUUUUUGAAUGGUACUGUAGCUCUUACCCUUCGGACAUGAAUACUGACGAGUGAAGAAAGUAUAAAGAAUCUUCUAAAGCUGCACAA